GGGUCGGAUCAGAGGCCAAGGCGUUAACCCGCGCACCAGAAUAGAAUGCAAGUUGAGGAGCCAAUGGUCUCCCUCUCUUCUCUGUCUUCCCCUCUCCUUCCACCGGCAUUCGCGGCAGUAUUCCGACCUCCAUCUCCCUCGACGACCAUCCGGCACCACCACUCCACGACCUCUUCUUGCCCUCGUCGGAUCUAAUCCUUUCCCCGCCGCGUCGCGGAUUUUGGUCAGUCUAAAUAGGUUUUAACGACCAUGGUUCUCACUUCAUUACCAUCUCCAAAUAGGAAAUCGCAAAACACAUUGUUUUCAUCAUCCCCUUCCAAGAAGCUAUCAGGUCGUGAUGAAUUAGGAAGCUGGUCUACCAUUCUUGAGCGGCAUCGUUUCCUUCUGACAAUGAUGGCAUUGUUGGCAUUUCUGUGCACAAUAUAUCUCUACUUUGCAGUUACUUUAGGGGCCUCAGAUCCCUGUUCCGAAAAGUCUGGAGCUGAGAAGGCACUUUGUGAAGCAAAAUAUUCUUUAUACAAAGGAAAAUUGAAAUUAUCUUAACUUGAAAUGUUCUUCGAAACUCAUGGCAUGGUACUUCUGUGGUCUAGGAUUCAGAUUUAAUUCCUCAAGUUCUGGAUGCCGCAUUUCCUGAUGCUGCAUUGUGCGAGUUGCACCUCAAAUUGUUGUAAGCUAUGAUUGAGAAUAUGUUCAAUGAGCAAAAACUCUCAGGUGAACCUGAUUAUCAAAACGUGGUGUUUUUAUAAAUGAUCUUUCUUUCUUCCUUA